CUCGUUCUGCAGCAGCUCAGUGAAGCUGCGGGACGAGAGGAGACGAGGCGGUGCUUCCCUUCAGCUCUGAUCCACUCACACACACACACAUACACAGACACACACACACACGCACACUAACAUCCCUCAUUUCCUCAAACUGUGACUGGACUCAUUGCUCACUUCAUCCUGUCCAGCAGCAUGGAAGUAACCAAAGGAGAAGAGAGUGGGAAUGAACAUCGAGCCUCUUUAUUCGGGCCGGCGGAGCUGGAGAGUCAGAGCAGGAGCACCGGACGAUGCAAGGGAAUGAGCAAGCGGCGAAAAGUCCUCAUUGGGGUUCUGCUGCUCGGCCUCCUGGUGCUCAUCCUGGCUUUGGCCCUUUCUCCGAGAGGCUCCAAUAAUGAGACAGACGGGGACUUGUGGCUGCAGGCGUUUUCCGACGAAACUCCACAGCAACUGUGUCCACCUGGCUUCUCCAAGCCCCCCCUCAUCCUCGUGUCCUUGGACGGUUUCCGAGCCGAGUAUCUGAAAGAUCACAGCAGCCACCUCCCCAUUAUCAACAAGUUGCGAGACCUUGGAACCACAACACCGUACAUGAGGCCCGUUUAUCCCACUAAGACUUUUCCAAACCACUACAGCAUAGUGACUGGUCUUUAUCCCGAGUCUCACGGGAUCGUGGACAACAAGAUGUACGACGUGACCCACAACGCUUUCUUCAGCUUGAGAAGUGAGGAGAAAUUCGACCCUAAGUGGUACCAAGGGGAGCCGAUCUGGAUCACUGCCAUGCAUCAGAAACUGAAAACAGGAACUUUUUUCUGGCCGGGCUCAGACGUUUUAAUCAACGGCAGCUAUCCAAACUUCUACAAGCUGUAUGACAGGGACAUUUCUUUUGAGGACAGAGUGGCAACGCUGCUUGAAUGGCUCAGUUUACCUGAAGGAAAAAGACCCGACUUCUACACUUUGUACCUGGAGGAACCUGACGCGUCAGGACAUAGGUAUGGGCCAGGAAGCAAAGAGGUCACUUUGGCCUUGGAGCGUGUGGACAAGAUAUUGGGAAUAAUGAUGGACGGCCUGACGGAGAAGAACCUGCACCACUGUGUCGACCUGAUGAUCGUAUCUGACCACGGCAUGGAGGAGGCAACCUGUGAAAAGGCAGCGUAUGUAUCAACCUACCAGGAAAACACAGACGACUUCAAUGUCAUCCAAGGCCCGGCUGCUCGCAUCAGACCGGCUCGCCUCCCCGAAGAGUACUUUUCCUUCGACUACGCCGGCCUGGUGACGAACCUGUCGUGCAGGGCCGCUGACCAGCCCAUGAGGCCAUACCUCAAAGAGAACCUCCCGAAAAGGAUGCACUUCGCCAACAACAAGCGCAUAGAGAGAGGACAUCUGUAUAUGAAGGAGGGCUGGCAGGCAGCUCGUAACAGUAAGGAAAUCAAGUACUGCACCGGAGGAUUCCACGGCUCAGAUAAUCUCUUCACCAGCAUGCAGGCGAUCUUCAUCGGCUAUGGUCCAGGAUUCAAAAGCAACACUGUCGUGCCACCUUUUGAAAACAUUGAAUUAUACAACGUCAUGUGUGAUCUCCUCGGUAUUCGUCCCUCUCCAAACAACGGGACUCACGGCAGUCUGAACCACCUCCUGACGCGCCCAUUGCACCUUCCAGUUCACCCAGCGCAGCUCUCCCAUGACACCCCCUGCGAGGCCAGUGACCCCGUCCCCACUGACCACCUGCGGUGCAACUGCACAUCUCAAACCCAGACACAGGAGACGGAUAUGAACAGGCUUCUCAUGACAACUAAUUCCAGCGCUAAGUCCCUGCUGCGUCGCCUCCACCAUCCCUUCGGGACGCCCCAGGUCGUCCAGCCAGACGCCGCCUUCUGCCUCCUGCACCAAUCUGACUACCUCAGCGGAUACAGCAGGGACCGCCACAUGCCCCUCUGGGUGUCGUACACCCUCAAGCCUCUGACCACAGUGCGGCCGCUGAGCCCGGAGCUGGAGGCUUGUGUCCGUGCUGACGUGCGAGUCCCAACGGCCGACAGCCAGCUGUGUUUCCCCAACAUAGAAGACCCGAAUCUGUCCUACGGCCUGCUGCAUCCCCCCAAUCUGAGCUCCGGCGGACCUGAGUCAGACUCUCUCCUCACGACCAACAUGGCUCCGAUGUUCCCUGCGUUUAAAGAUGUUUGGACACAUUUCCACGACGUCCUGCUUCCAAAGUUUUCACAGCAGCUGAACGGAGUCAACGUCGUGAGCGGGCCCAUAUUUGAUGAAGACUUUGACGGAAACGUUAACACGUUCGUAAAAGUCUCGAGGAAUGAGACUCUCACCCCGACCCAUUUCUUCGUGAUCCUGACGAGCUGUGUGGACUCGGCCCUCAGCCCUUCGCUCUGCGGGGGUCCGCUGCAGACUCAGUCCUUCAUCCUGCCCCACAGACCUGACCACACCGAGAGCUGCGCGAAGGGGUCGGACAUGUCGUGGGUGGAGGAGUGGCUACACUUUCACACCGCGAGGGUCCGAGACAUCGAGCUCCUGACGGGACUGAGCUUCUACCACGACAGGCUUUCAGUGGAGGAGACGCUACAGCUCAAGACGUUUCUACGUAGCGCUUAAAACCAGAGACGAUUUUUAUUAAAUAAAGUUUUAAUCUUAGAGGGAAGCACAACAGGCCUCUGUCCACGGGGACUCGCAGUAAACCUGCUCCCAGGAGCCAACGUUUCCUGUUUCCAGACCAUAUGAAUCCCAACCAUGAGUUCCAUCCGUCUAUUUUUUAUUGUUAUGUCUGAUUCCAAAACAAAUUUUACAGUUAUUCAAUGUGUGAGAGUCACGUAUUUCAUUUUAGAGAUGAUUGUACAGAGAGUUUAAAUGAGGCUCCGGAGCUUUGAACCAAAGACGCCAUCACAUCUGCCGCACUUCUUCAGAUGGGACUGAAACAAAAGGGAAACGUUUAUCCACGGAAGACGUGUUUAUACCACAGAUGAUUUCAAAGUCAGGUCUUUUAUUUUUUUUUGAAACACCGUGACGACCUGGAGACUUUCAGGAAUCCUGCCACACAUCUGGAGAAGUGGAAGAACACCCAAAUCCUCUCGUGAUUGUUUUUGUAUUUUCUUUAUAAUGUCGUUUUUUGGUUUUGUAAAUUGUUGGCUUGGUCGCUGACAUCCAUGAAGAGAGAAUUGUUCAGUCGGGUGUGUGAGUGUGUGCGUGCACAUGUGCAGUUUGUGUAUUUAUGGACGGAUUACGAGGCACAGAGGUGUGAAAGGCUUCUGACGUCAAGACACCCAGACUGAAACAGACACAAGACGGCUACAUAUAACGUGGCUUGUUUGUGUCGGCUGUUGUGCGUCUCUUUGUGAGUCAUUUAAAACCUUUUUUUAUGGAUGUUAAACUCCACCAAAGAUGAUGUGUUUUCACUCCUGUGCUUUUGUGUGUUUGUUCUCAGGUGAUAUCCCUGAUUUACUUUUCCUUUAUUCCUCUUUUUUUUCUUUUCAACAUUUUCACAAAUCUCCAAGGGAAUGAUUCAUUGACUGAUAUGAACUCUUCUGUUAUUUGAUUCUCUUUCUCUUUCGCUUUUGUUUCUCUUCGUCGUCUUUUGUCUCUGUGGCUGUUUGCAUCUCUUUGUGGUCCUUCGGUCAUUCAGCAUCUUCAUCUCUGCUUUGGUUGUUAUACAUCUGUCAGUUGUCACUUUGUAUGUCUGGGGUUGUGUCUUCAUACACCAACAUUAUUGUGUUCUGUGCCUCUGUUCAGUUUCUCUUGUGAGCACUGCGCAGGAGAAGUAGAUCCAUCAGGUGCUGCAGCUGAACUUCAGCAGGUGGAGAUGGGGAGAGAUUCUCUGUGUUCACUCAUCUGUCCAUAACUAUGUGUUGUGUGCAAACGUGUAUUAUUUUCUUUUAUUUGGAGUUGGAACAUAAUAAAGUUCAUAUGAUUUAG